GCGCGCUUUGCGCACGGUGGAAGAGGACGUUUGGGGAAGGGGAGAGAGCGACCCGGCGGGGCGAUAAAAAGCAACUUCCUUCCUCAGCUAAGGCACUAACAUGGAGCUGGGCCGUUAUAAAUGCGAGCUAUCGGCGGGGUAAACAGCUUCUCGCGAAAAAAAAGAAAACAAAAAUAUUGACUAUUAUUGACGCGCGCGCGCGCAAAAAACCAAAAAGAACCCCUCUCCGGCCGGGACGAGUCCUGUUUCAAAAUGAGGACCGUCAGAGGACUACUCGCCCUCAUAGCGUUCACGUUGCUGAUGUCAGGAACUAACGGGACAAGUCCGGAUAGCGGCUACUGUAUUGGGACCCAGUGUUACGUGGUGUUCGCGGGGCCCGGCAGUUUCAGGGACGCCCAGACUGAGUGCGCAAAGAAGGACGGACACCUGAUGACGGUUCGGUCGUCCGUAUCUCACGACACCCUCCUGAUCCUGCUGGGGGGCCGCCUGGGACAGUACUGGAUCGGCUUGCAUUUGCCCACCGGCUGUCCCAGUGCGGCGGAGGAGCUGAGAGGCUUCCAGUGGGUGACCAAGGACGCCGAGUCGGACUUCUACAACUGGGCGGCUUUCGACGACGCCUGCUCCCCUCGAUGCGUCGCGGUCUCCAAAGACAACGACUUCAAAUGGACGCCGGUGCCGUGCGGCGAAGGGGUCGCCGGGUUCCUCUGCGAGUACAGCCUGGCGGAGCCGUGCCUCGGUCUGCAGGUCAAAGGCAACGAGUCCGUAACCUACAGCACGCCCUACGGGUUCGGGGGCGAAGACCUGCUGUCGCUUCCGCAGGGCAGCGUGGCCGUCCGCCGGCCCGCAGAGACCAAGUUCAUAUGCAGCAAGCAGGAGUGGCUGAAGGCGCCGUGGCAGUGCGGGCUGGACGAAGGCGGCUGCGAGUUCAGGUGCGAGGCAGCGGACAGCGGACAGCCGCCCCAGUGCGUCUGUCCGCAGGGGCUCGUCGUGGAUCCGCGCAAUAACGUCACCUGUGAGGAGGACCACGGCGACCCGUGUCACGCCCUGCUCUGCGACCAAGCGUGCGCCCAAGCGGAGGGCGGCUACGCGUGCCAGUGCGACCCCGGGUUCAGGCUGGCGGAGGACGGGAGGACGUGCGAGGACGACUGCAGUGACCCGAGACAGUGUCCCGGCGAGCUGCUCAAGUGCGUGAGUACCGCCGGCGGGUUCGAGUGCGCGUGCCUGGAUGGGUACAGGCGGAGCGAGGACGGCCGCUGCGUGGACGAGGACGAGUGCGCCUCUUCCCCGUGCGAGCACCUGUGCAGCAACACCGCCGGCAGCUACAGCUGCUCCUGCUUCGAGGGCUUUAAACCGAAGGAGGCGUCGUCGAACGAGUGUGAGCUGCACUGCGGCCGCAGUAAGUGCCCCGCGCUAUGCGACCCCAACAAUCCCUUCCAGUGCGAAUGCCCCGUCGGUUACGUGGUGGACCAGGUAGACGCCGUGUCGGAUUGCGUGGACAUAGACGAGUGCACGAUGAAUUACUGCGAGCAAGGCUGCAGAAAUACGUUCGGGGGCUACUGGUGUUUCUGCCCGCAGGGUUUUACGCUCGUCGAUGACUAUAAGUGUGUAGACAACGAAAGUCGGACUACGGAGGCGUGGGAGGGCUCCGGGGCCACUACUCCCUUCUCUGUGACACCCAGCGUGAGUUCCCCGGAGCCGACAAGUCGCCCCUCGGUCGUGGCUGCAGGCGGUCUCCUCGCAAUAAUCGUCAGCGUUGUCGUCGUCAUCCUGGUGGCGGUCUUCCUGGCUCGACACGUCCUCAGACGAAGCGGUGGUCUGGAGAGCCCGAGCGGGCUCAAAGAGGAGGGGGACGCGGCGCUACACGACUUACGGGAGGUCACGGGCGACAAAACGGACUCAGGGAAGCCUCCGAAGCAAGACCCCUAGGGUGGACCACCCUAGGACGGACCACGGGUUGUCCGUGACAAGACGGGUGUCUGGACGUCAGAAAACGCAGCUUGCAUAAAUGCAGUUUUGUUUUGUUGUUUUGUUGUUUUGUUUUGUUUUGAAAUAGCGAGCCUGGUCUUUACUGUGUCGUGCAACCCACACCAAGAGAGUCGAGGUGUAAAUAAACGGUGCCAAACAUCUGGUCUGGAAAAGUUUGUCCUAGAAGAGUAUUGAAUUAGGAAAAUGACGUCAUCGUGUCGGCACGGCGGCGCAGUGGUUAGUGCGGUCGCCCUCGCAGCAAGAAGGUGCUGGGUUCGAGCCCCGGGGUAGUUCAACCUUGGCGGGUCGUCCCGGGUCGUCGUCUGUGCGGAGUUUGCAUGUUCUCCUCGUGUCUGCGUGGGUUUCCUCCGGGGCCCCGGUUUCCUCCCACAGUCCAAAGACAUGCGAGGUAGAUGAAUCAGCCAUACUAAAUUGUCCCUAGGUGUGAAUGUGUGCGUGUGGGGGGGGGGGG